AUGACGUGUACACGACCAGACAUAUGUUGGACGAUUACCGUCCUAUCUCAAUAUUUGGCUAAACCACUUAAGGAGCAUUGGGUUGCCGCGAAGAAUGUUCUGCGUUACUUGAAAGGUUCGUUAGAUUAUGAGAUAUGCUAUCGAAUGGGAUGUCAGAAUUUGAAGUUGAUUGGUUAUAGUGAUGCUGAUUGGGCUAGUUGUGCUGUUGAUAGAAGAAGUGUUAGUGGAUAUUGUUUUAGUUUGUCAAAGGAAGGGCCUCUAAUUUCAUGGAAAUCAAAGAAGCAGCAAACCAUUGCGUUAUCCUCUUGUGAAUCAGAAUAUGUUGCGUUAUCACUUGCUGUUCAAGAGGCAUUGCAUUUGGUCCAGUUGUUGGCCAAACUGAUUGAGUUAGAAGACCCAGUCGAAAUUUACGAAGACAACCAAGGAACAAUAGCAUUAUCCAAGGAUCCAGUUAGUAGACAAAGAACAAAGCAUAUUGAUGUAAAAUACCAUUUCAUUCGUUCGAAUAUUAAUGCAGGAAAUGUUGUGGUAAAUUAUUGUCCUACUGAUGAUAUGGUAGCUGACAUCUUCACUAAGCCAGUUACUCGUAACAAGUUAAUGAACUUCAAAGAAUUCAUCUUUGGAAAAUGA